AUGGCACGAGGCACGAAACUCAAAGCAGCGCUUGGCCGUUUCAAGGGCGUUGACCACCAGCAGGAACAUCAGAAGAAGCUGCAAAAGGAAGCAGAGAAGAGAAAGCUCAAGAAGAAGAGAUCGGAGCUCGAUAUUGGAGCACUUGAGGAUGCGGUAGCCGGAGAAGAAGCGAUUGAAGAGGCGCAUGAUCUUGCAAACACCGUGAACGAGAGCCGACGAGAAAAGAGGGCGGCGAAGAAAGCAAAAGCAGGGGAGAGAGCAAAAGGAGAAGCGGAUGGGUGGGAAACAGAGGAAAGCGAGGAUGCGGAAGACGACGAAGACGAAGGUGGCGUAGAGAUCGGCGCGAUGGAGGAUGAGUCCGACUCAGAUUCAGAAUACGAGGAGAUCAUAUCGAAGGAAGACAAGGCCCAAACUAACGGAGACGCUGACGAGGGCGAUGAGGAUGAGGAGGACGACGACAUUCCACUUUCGGACAUCGAUUCUCUCGCAUCGGAAGACAAGGAAGACGUCGUACCGCACCAGAGGUUGACAAUCAACAACACCGCCGCUCUCCAACGCUCGCUGAAAUCUUUCCAACUACCACUUCACCUACCAUUCUCCGCCGUACAGUCAGUCACCUCAACGGAGCCUGUACAAAUAGCCGAUGUUGAGGACGAUCUCAACAGGGAAUUGGCCUUCUAUAGACAAUCAUUGGAAGCAGUCACAGAAGCCCGGGAUCGGCUCAAGAAGGAAGGAGUACCCUUCAGCAGACCUACCGAUUUUUUCGCGGAGAUGGUUAAGUCAGAAGAACAGAUGGGCAAGGUACGGGAGAAGCUGCUAGAUGAAGCGGCGCGAAAGAAGGCGAGUGCCGAUGCCAGGAGACAGCGAGACCUCAAGAAGUUUGGCAAGGCGGUGCAGGUAGCGAAGCUACAGGAGCGACAGAAGGAGAAGAGGGAAACUCUGGAUCGUAUUAACACACUCAAGCGAAGUAAUUAACUCUCAUACCGUGCACUUCAGGGAUACUUUGUACUGACUUCUUGCAGAACGCCAAGGCGCAGAUCUCACCGCAAACGAGGACGACAUGUUCGACGUGGCACUGGAGGACGCAGCCGUCACUGCCAAGUCAGACAGAGCAGCAAGAAAGGCUGGAGGAGCCGAAGGGCCCAACAGGAAACGCCAGAAGAAAGACGAGAAGUUUGGCUUCGGUGGCAAGAAGAGAUUUGCAAAGUCGAAUGACGCGAAGUCGACUGGCGAUAUGAGAGGAUUCUCAACUAAGAGGAUGAAGGCUGGAAGUAAGCCUGGGAAGCAGAGACCAGGAAAGAGCAAGCGUGCGCGCGUGUAA